UUUUCAGCCCUCGUUUGAGUCAAGAUGCGUAUUUUCAUCUACUCCUUUUCCUCGUUUUGCGGAAUAUUGGUGGAGUACCUGGCGGUUGUUCACCGCUGAACCUGACCCGCAUUUCCUUUUUUUCCUGAACUGUUUCGCCGUAACAGCAUAUCCUGAUCGGUCACGACAUUAAAACCACCCGCAAGUGGUUUUAAUCUUGAAAAAAAAUGAAAGCAAGAUGAUAUGCCACUUCCGGCAACCAUUUUUAUUUGGAUUAGGAAACGAUUUUCUGGAAACGGUCAACAGCCUGAGCCUGAAUAUUUUAUCCCGGAGAAGAGAGGAAACACAAUCAAAACUGCGUGUUACAGGACCUCUGCCAAAGCCACAACGGACGCUGAGCCUGAGUUAGCCUGCUCUGGACCAGCGGUGAAUGUGUGGACACCUGCUGCCCUCACAAGGCUUUUCUUCUGCCUAAGUAUAAGGAAUGGGCAUGAAAACAACUUCAACUUCUCCUGGUUUGAAUGUCAUCCUGCAGCAGAGCGAGGUCUCUGGGUAGGAGUCUGCAGGAGGCUCAACAUGGUGCAGGAGAGGAAUGACGGGAUAAACAAAGACGCGGUCCUUCCACCAGUUCAACAGAACGGACCUCCUUUGUCCUGCGAAUUGAAGAUCAAGAAAAAGCUGAAGUUGGUGUCUCCCUGUCUGGGCAAAUUCAGACCAGUUGUUGGCCAGUGCUGCCAACAGUGCACACCAGACAGUUUGCAAAAGAAGCUUGGACAAAACUCUUGCCUUGGCUUCCACAAUCUGCUGAGUGUCAAUGAGACGCACACCAGAUAUCGAGGUUGGCUGGUGCGGAGGGUGUGCUGCGUGCUGUUUGUGAGUGGGUGCAAGGUUUACGCAAGUCCUGUUAGCAACAGACUGGAGAGAGUCUGUCAGAGCAACAGGGUGAAAGAGGCACUCACAGCAGAGCAUAAAGUGCCAGAGGGGGGAGAUAGCAAGGGGCAGAUCAACAGCCUCUCACCAUUCCUCCCCCUCAUUAACACCUACAUCUUCCCUGGCCUCUUACGGUUCGUGGGCUGGGUGAUGCUGAAGAUGUUUGCUUCCAUGUUUGACAGCAUUCAAGUUAACCUCAGCCAUCUGCCAGCUUUGCACAGAGCCUCACAAGAGGGAUCCCCGCUGCUUUACGUCUAUGUGCGUCAGAGCCUUGUGGACUGCAUUCUCAUCCCCCUGGUUCUCUUCUGUUGCAACUUGAGGGUCCCAUACACUGUUUGUCCUCUCCGGGCUAACAGCUACUCCCUAAGAGCCAUCUUGCAGAAAAUUGGUGUGGUCCUCCUGCCACCUUUUGCACUGACAGAGCAGGAUGCUGAGAUGGACAGUCUGUACUCACCUGUCAUGACCGCACUGGUACGUGAGCUGCUACAUGAGGGCCAGGCAAUAAGUGUUGGUGUGUCAGCGAAGUCUGGUCAAGGUGGCCAGUGGCUGGCUCGCAUCAGACAGCUCAUCAAAGAGGGAUCUGUCCCUGAUGUCAGCCUGGUCCCUGUGGGCAUCUCCUACGACUGUGUGCCCAAGACCAACAUACAGAUUGGCCUGCCAUCUGUGUUGCAGUGGCUGUGGUCUCUUCUCUGGAGGAGACCAGGAGGGAGCGUGAGGAUCCACCUGGCUCAGCCUUUCUCUCUUAAGGAGAUGUGUGAGUCAGGGAGGUGCAGAGUAGAUGAAUGGCUCCCUCUACAGGACCUGUUGCUGCCUGUUAUCCUCAACAGCAGAGCUGACAGUGUUUUUGGGCAGAGGAGGAUGUCGUGGCUCUUGCCUUCUCAUUAUACAUCUGAACUCAAGGAGCCAAUUCAUCCAGAGAGAGACCUCAACGUCACCAUCAUCCUCCACCUCAUCUUCUCUGCAACCUCCUGCAUGGCUGUGAUGUCCACCAGUCUGGUGUCCAGUCUUUUGCUGCACAGGCAUCGGAAGGGCGUGAUUGCAUCUGUCCUGUGUCGAGAUGUGGCCUGGCUCACGGACGAAGUCUUGUUCAGAAAAAGAGAUGUCGGUUUUGGAGGGAGUUUAGCCGAGGUUGUCCACUAUUCCCUCUCUCUGCUCGCCCCUCAUCUCAUCAUAGCUGCAGCGCCGUCAAGGAAAGACCCUUUCAUUGUGCCUCGUCCCUCUCUUGAUGCCACACUUCACCUCGCCCUCCAGGCCCAAAUUGUCACACAAACCUUCAUUUUGGAAGCUGUUGGUGCGUGCGCGGUGUCGGCCAUGCUGUGUGAGGUGGCUGGCAGCUGCGACAUGGACGGGGAGGAGGUGAAAGGUGACGUGGAGUUUGAUGUGGUGCUCUGCCAGUCCGAGCUGACGGAGAGAGCACUGCAGCUCUACCAUCUCCUGCCUCCAGGCUUCGUGCCACCCUGUCAGUCAUCCCAGAGUUUCGCUCUGGAUUCAGUUGACAGUCUGGUCCGCUGUGGCAUCCUGAUUAUGGAAGAAGUUACCAAUGACGUUCCCAUCUGUGAUUUCUGGAAGAAGGAGGGGGUUCUGAGCUGGACCACCUCUGAUGACCCUUAUCACAGCGACUCAGACUGUGAAGAGCGGGAUCUGCGUUCCUACAAGAUAAGCCAGCCACGUCAGUGUCCGGAGAUGCUCUUCUUCCUCUGCAGUAUGCUGGCUGGUCAUCUGAGGGCACUGUGCUGGACCACCACCGGACUGGAACUGCUGCACACACCUCUGCCGGAAGCAGAGUUUGUGGCUCAGAUACACUCCCAUCUGUGUGACACAGCAAAUACGAAGAAGCAGCACUACGAGAGCUGCUCAGAGGAGGCUGCACACACUGCAGUUAGAACACUAAUAGACCUGGGGGUCCUUUUGGAGGAGCGUCAGGAAGGAGGAGGUGUUUUCCUGGGCGUCAGUCCUUUGUUCCAGUUGUCAGAAAACAGGCACAAACUGCACAGCUUCAUCUCACAGUACCUCUACAAUUAAUGUGUUUAACUGAGCAGCACGACGCUCGGCCUCGACUCGGCUUUGUUUUGUUGCAGAGUCUGACCUCAUCCUCUGUUGGUGUCAAAGAAGCUUGUGUUAAGUGUUAAAAAAAAAACAAGGCAUGCUGAGCCGGGACGCUCGUGCCUUUAGGUUAAUUGCAUUUUGAUUUUUCAGUGAUGAGACAUUGAUUUUAAGUUUAUCUUUAGUGAUAGCAUUAGCAUAAAGCCACAGGAGACGAGGAUUAUGAAGUCCCUGUAAUCAGCUGUGAGGACUCGGCUCAGUGCAGCUUGUGUUCAGACCAUAUUUGUGUUGUACUGCAGGCCGCAGAAGUUUUUCUUUGUGAAGAUUCGGUUGUUCUUUUUUUCCCCGCAAGUUGUUCUGUUAAAGCAGUAUAUUAAACCAAUAUUCUACUGGCAAUAAACAAAUUAGCUUAUUUA